UAUUAUUAACGUCCACAAUUUUAAUUAUUUCCCCAAAUUCCAAUAGGUAUGAAUAUGCAAUUUUGUUUUCCACUUUAUAGGAUUCAAAUUGACCAGCACUGUAAUGUAACGUCUCCAUAGUUCCACUGCCAUAUAAAGAUUUAAUCCCAAAAUUUUAAGCUUAACGCCUAAAAUGUUUGACGUAAAAUGAAGUGUUUUUUUCUAGAAAUCUAACCAUGGCCACUCAAACUUGCGAAACAGACCCCGCCACCGUCCAGGAUCCUGAGGUUCAGGCUGAAACGCCUCCCUCAGACCCCGGGCAAACCUCAACCGACAUGACCGAAAACAACAACAGACUGAUUCAAUAUAUUAGAUCUAUGCCUCUAGUUUCAAUUCUCUUUAGCCGGAGCAUUUCCAAUGAUUCUUUCUCUAACGUUUCCAACCGCAUUUUUGUUUACAAGUGCCUUAUGUCAUUUCACCUCUUAAUCCUCGUCGCCCUUGUUGUUUUAACUUCUUUCGCUAUUUAUUACUAUAAUAUAAGAUUUUACAAGAUUCAGACGAGGCCUUCGGAAACGUUGAUAGUUUGCUGGCUUUUGAGAGCUAUUUGGCAUACAGUUAACAGCUCGUGGUCGCUGAGGUACCAUUACAUCGGGGCGAGAAAUGGACCGAACCUGAAGCUGAGCCAGACGUUUUACAACAUAGCCUCGAUCCUAUGGAUCAGCCUCACAGUUGUAUUUUUGGGUGUUUCACCUCGCGAAGACUUGAAAACUGUUUCCUCCAGAAUCUGUUACUUCUUGCUUUGGCUCACCAUCGCUUCCUACGUAGUGCCCAUGCUCGCCUACACCUUCAUCUGCAUUCUCCUCUAUGUCACUCUCCUGAUCGUGAUUUACUUCAGACAUGGCUCAAUUCCCCUGACAUCCACCGCAAUGCCAGUUAGCCUCCUGAAGAAGCUAAAGGUUGAGCGUUACAGGGACGUUUUGAAGAAAAUCGACAGCUUGGAGGAGUCGGUCGAGUUGGGCGAAAACUACACGAACACUUCUGAAUCGGAAACAACAGUUUCCCAAGAUUCUCAGCAAGAUCAGAACAGCUCUGAAACUAAGUCUAAACCCCCCAAAGACGUCUUAUUUGAGUGUGUUAACAACAGUGAAAUGCUAGACGAACAUCUCUGCUCAAUUUGUAUUCUGAAUAUAAAUGAUGUUGACAAGGUGUUUUUGUUACCCUGUGAUAUGCGCCACUUGUUUCACAGAGAUUGUCUUAAGAAAUGGUUCAAACGUAGUUCAGAAUGCCCCAUUUGUAGAACUAACAUUACCCAAAUUCUAUCCAAGAAGGACAAGGAGAAACAAUCCAAGAAAAACGCGUCAAGAGAACCUGAAAAUGACGUCCAGGAACUCAACGAUGUUGUCACUCACUCCUCUUCCACUUCACAGAACUCACCGAAUAACUCCUACAACAGGGACCCGGAGUCAGAUUACGAUGAUUCAUACUCUGAAUGCGAUGUCUCUUCCCAAAGUCUAGACCCCGAAGUACCGACGGAAACCACCAGUGAAUACAAAUUAAGAAUGAUAAUGGAGUCCUUUAGGGACCCUAAGUCAAGAUUUCUAGUGGACAGCUCCACUCAAGAUACGUUUUUAGAUAUGGAAUCGGGUAAUUCUGUAAGUCUUGACCCAGUAGUAUCCCCCGUAAACACUGGAUAUCAAAAACUACCGCUGGAAAGUACGGAGGAUAGUGUUCCAGUACUCCCACUGGAAAAUACAGAAAAUGAUUCAGAGGUGUCACUGGAAGUUACAGAAAAUGAUUCAGUACUCCCAUUGGAAAGUACAGAAAAUGAUUCAGAGGUGUCACUGGAAGUUACGACAGGAAUUCUCGAUUCUACGGUACGACUGGAACCGCAUGACCUAUCACCUGACACCGAAUUGGAGAACACUGAGGAUCUAGGAUCUUAUGUACCACUGGAACCCCCUAAGGACACAUCGGAGGUCAAAUUCGAGAAUAAUAAAAAUCUUGACUCAAAUGUUGAGUUGGAGGCCUUUUUUGAUAAUUUGGAGCUGGAAUUGGAAAGCAACAUAGAUGUUGAGCUGGGUAACGUUAAUGUAGAAAUCGUUUGAAUCGUUUAAAGAAAUGAUUGUAUACUAUGAAUACUGCAGUCAUGAAAUAUAUAAUUUACAAGUUAAUUUAAUAGUUUUAUA